AUGACUGUUCAUCUAUUUGGCGCUGCAUCUUCACCAGGUUGCUCCAAUUUUGCGCUGAAACAAACAGCCGACGACAAUGAAAGAGACAUUGGCGAAAGAGCAGCCGAGUUCCUGAGAAAGAAUUUCUACGUCGAUGAUGGUCUCAAAUCCGUUCCUUCCAUUGACGAAGCCAUAAGCUUAAUAAGCCAGACUAAAGAAAUGUGCAGUCAUGGUGGAUUUAAUCUACAUAAAUUCGUCAGCAACAAGAAAGAAGUGAUUAAAGAAAUUCCAGAAGAAGAUCGAGCCAAAACAGUGAAGAAUCUUGAUCUUGACGUCUUGCCAGUUGAGAGAGUGCUAGGCAUUCAGUGGUGCAUUGAGGUUGACAGCUUUGAAUUUCGUAUCCUGCUGCAAGAUCGACCUUUGACAAGAAGAGGGAUCCUGGCCACGGUCAGCUCAAUUUAUGAUCCAAUGGGCUUCGUGGCACCCAUCAUUCUGACAGGAAAGAGGAUACUGCAGAAUCUAUGUCGUGACAAGCUAGACUGGGAUGAUGAAAUUCCUGACAGCAUAAAGAUGCAAUGGGAGAGAUGGCGAAAGGAGUUGCACUGUCUGAAUGAAUUGUCCAUCCCCAGAUGUUACAAACCAGUUGAUUUUGGCGAAGUGACCUCUGCAGAACUCCACCACUUUUCAGACGCAAACACUGUUGGAUAUAGCCAAUGCUCAUACCUUCGAUUAAAGAACGCCCAAUGCAAGAUACAUUGCUCGUUGGUUAUGGGUAAAGCAAGAGUGACUCCUGUCAAACCAAUUACUAUUCCACGUCUAGAGUUGACAGCAGCGGUGGUCUCUGUUAAAGUAAGCGAAGUGAUAAAGGAAGAGCUGGAAUAUAGCAUCACAAAAGAAUUGUUUUGGACAGACAGUCAGAUUAUUCUCGGAUAUAUUGGAAAUGACACCAAAACAUUCCAUGUAUACGUUGCUAACCGUGUUCAACAGAUUCGAAGCCAAACCUCGAAAGAUCAGUGGAGAUAUAUCAACACGAGUUCUAAUCCUGCUGAUGACGGAUCGCACGGUCUUACCCCCAAACAGAUGUUGAAGAACCCAAGGUGGAUCAUGGGACCAGAAUUCUCAUGGAAUUCUGAGGAAGAUUGGUUGCCACAAAAGGUGCUGGAUAUCUCGCCAGAAGAUCCCGAAAUCAAGAAAACCUCGUGUUAUGCCAUAAGUACCGAAGAAUCGUGGAGUCUUGCAAAGGCUCUUGAAUAUUUUUCGAACUGGCAUCGCGCAAAAUUAGCCGUUGCAGCUUGUCUUCGCUAUCGACAGAAACUCUUGGAGAGAAUCAAGUCAAAGAGAUCGAAAGUGAACAUUGAUCUCAAUAACCAAGACGAAAGAAAGUCUCGUAGUAUAGCACCUGUGAUGACAGAAGAUUUACGGCAAGCUGAAAUCGAGAUAUACAAGUCCGUGCAAACUAUUCACUUUCCGACAGAUGUUGAAAUUUUAAAGAUGAAGACAGAUAAAAAUGCUUAUCAAGGUCGCAGAGCUGAUUUAUCUUCAAACCAGAUGGUGCCAAAGUCGAGUCCGCUUUAUCGUCUUAACCCCUUUAAAGAUUCGGAUGGUGUUUUAUGA